CCUCCUUACCCUUCGCCCUUAGCCCUAUCCUCGUCGAGAUAGUCCUAAUUCGUCUACUGCAACUUGGAAGGCUUUCGGAUGAUUUUCACUGCAAGUCUGUCAGCUGGAUCGUCUGGCCUUUAAUAGUCACUGGAUAUGUCGAGCUGGACAUGGUGGAAGUAGCCAUGAUACAAUCUGGUUUUGAUCCGAACUGGAAGGCCGUCAUAUCCUGAAGUCUUCCAGUUUGUCUGCCAGUCUGCUUGGCACAUGCAAAUAUCGAAAGUUGUCGCGACGUCCGCCUCCUGUAUUGCGCCAAAUUCCACGCAAAGGGCGCAGGGGGGUAAGCUCAGCCUCUCCGUCGUGCCAAUACAACAUGUGGUGAAUAAACAUUCUGGCCAGCAGCAGAACAUGUCUGCUGUAAACACAGCUUGCGAACGCUGUAGCUCUAAGAAGCUCAAAUGCUCUGGGGAUCGCCCAACUUGUGCGAGGUGUAUCACUGCGGGAGCAUCGUGCACCUAUCUUGCCCGAAAGUUGAUGGGUCGACCGAAGAAAAAGAAGUGUCAGGAUCAAUUUCUUCGUCGUCACCAUGCCCCCAGUCCCAGGCGGAACUUAGGGUCCUCAAUCAAUGUGCCGCAUCAACAACCAGCCGAGUUAAGUGCGUCCACAGUUGAUUCCUUUUCCUCGGACACCGAAGCCACAAACCAGGCAGCACGUAUGGUGGUGAAUUUGGGAAUUUCAUCCAUCCGGCGACCACUUCAGAAUCGAUCGAUCAAUCCAUUUCACAUGUUGAUGGGACAGUUGAGGAGCUGUCAUCUCACCAAUGCGCAUGCGUUUCAAUCAUUUAUCUAAGCCUUGACGAAAUGAGGUCAAUCAAAGUGUUCUCGUUCCCAGGAACCUUGACGACUCUUCGGAAAGCCCUUGAAGUAGCAUCACAGGCUAUACAAUGCGAAUACUGUCCCCGCCGUUUUCUUUCUGCGAUGCAAAUCGCCCAGUUGGUUGGAGUCCUGCUCAUCUCGGUUACAGAAUGCUAUGCGAAAAUUCUAGAGACUUUCGAAGCCUCCGCUGCUUCGGUUCGUGAAGGAAACAUCGUUCGGAUACAGUUGUUGGACCCUAGAGACCAGUCAUGCCCGCCGCCCAGAACGGACUUGGAUCCUCACCAUGAGUCGUACACUUUUACGUUAAAUCUGGGCGGGCCGACAUGGAAAGAGCUUGCAAAAAUGGCACUCAAGGCCGAGAUUUUCGGCUCGAAGACAAACGACGAGAACGGACAGCCGCCACUUUCGGUUGUUUCGCUGUUACAGUGUAUGGAGCAACGGCAAAUAUCAUGGCAUACCGUGGCACCUCCGCCUGAUUUUCCGGUCAUAUAUCGAGGCUCAUACCAUAAAGAAUGCCCAACCUGCCUCUUGCUGGUUUAUGAGUGUCGCCGUCUGCUGAGUCUUUACGACCAGACUGAGUAUAUUCAAAAUGUACCGACCUAAAACUCAGAGCUAUAUCAGCAUCAACAGCAGAGCGCGCUGCCGCUAAUUCUCAGUUAUAUUUCUCUCUCC